AUGCACAAGCAAGAGACAUCAGAAUAAAAAGAUAAUUUUACAAAUUAAGUUAAAACAUUUUUCUCAAAAAGGCUAGGCAAAAAUAUCCUAAGAAAGAAGAAAACAAAGCGAGAGUCACUUAGAGACUUCUAAAGCUACUCUAACUCUACAGGAGAGUAAUUGUCCCCUGACAAAUUUGAUUAAUCGAAUUCCUAGAUUUACCUUAAGUCUGAGAAUUCAAUGUCUCAUUCAGACUAUCUACCCUAAAAUCUUGAUUAGAAAAACCAAUAUCCAAGAUAGAGUGUAACGCCAUUGUAAAAUUUGCUAUAGUUAAAUGAACCAAUUCAGUAAAAUAACUUCUCUCCAAACGAUAAAAAGAUUAAUCUGAUUGAGAUUAAGCAAAAAGAGGUUUAAAGUUAUGGUAAUUCUCAAAUUGAGACCAGAAAGAAUAAUAUCGAACUAAUUCCUAAUCUCGAUUUGAUUAAUGAAGUAGAUUAUGAUUAAAAUCAAAGGGAAUCUACAGGUGGGGAUAUGCUUAUACCUAUAAAACGAAGGAAGAUUAUGUGA